AUGGUGGUAGCUGUUGUUGCACGGAAACUGGAACUAACUAGAGCUGAGAAACACGUGCACAACUUCAUGAUGGACACCCAGCUCACUAAAAAGUUGAAGCACUCGGCAGCAAAUGUGCUGAGAGAAACAUGGCUAAUCUACAAAUUUCGCAAAAAGGUAGAAAAAGUCGACUACGCUCGGAUUCGGCAGCAUCAGAGAAAAUUCCUGGUCGCUAUAUACGAAAUGCGCAAAGUGAAGAGAGAUCAAAGAAAACUGGCUGAGAACUUUGUCUCUCUCGGUGAUGUCGCCAAGACAUCGUCAAAUACAUAUGAACUGAUCCAAGACGUGCACUCUACGCAAGAAGGGCUCUCAUUGCGAAUCACUGCCAUAGAGCACCAGCUCAGCGACAUCUCGCGCGAGAUUAGCUCGCUCGCCGAGCUGAUGCGAUCGCGGAAGCGAAGCGAGGCGAGCGAGAGUGACCACAGUCACUCGCAUAACACUGUUGUUCGGAGGCGUCGGGAAGCCGUAGUACAAUCGUAA